AUGUGUCUUCAAAAUCGAUUCAAACACAUGCCAAUUUCAGAACGUGUAUUAGAAUCAUCAUAUCAUGGAUUAAUCAAGGAGAACGAAACAUAUGUAGAAAUAACGCCACUUAUUAAAGUAGACGAGAAUAAUGUUUGUGGCUUUCGUAUAAUUAAAAAGAACAAAGAGAUCCCAUUCCAGAUUGAGCUCGUUGACGGCUUGGGAAUACUCAAGGCAAAACGUUCGCUAAAUUGCGAGAAACGAAAGACAUACAAAUUUGAAAUAUCAGCAGUAUUAUGCGAUGGAACACAUUCUAAAAGUGCAAAUGUCCACAUAUCAGUCAUAGAUAUUAACGAGUACUCUCCGACAUUUUUACAACCGUCGUAUGUCACGGAGGUUGACGAAGGUCGUCUCUACCAAGAGAUCCUCCGUAUCGAAGCUACGGACAAAGAUUGCACUCCAUUGUUCGGUGACGUGUGCAAAUACGAAAUUUUGACAAAGGACCAACCGUUCACCAUCAACAAUGAGGGUUCCAUUCGCAACACCGAGCCGUUGUCGCACAAGGUAUCGCACAACCAUAUCCUGUCAAUUGUCGCCUACGAUUGUGCCAUGAAGCAAUCGGCUCCGGUGAUGGUCAAUAUUCGUGUGCGACGCGUUUGUGAGGCGCAUGUCAUGGGAAUUCCCGAACGCAUCGACUACGUGGCUAAUUCCAUGGAGAGUGUCUCAUUGUUCCCCAAAUAUCACUUGGAAUUGUGUGACAUGCAGUGCAAGGGAGAAGAAAUGAUUAUUCAGUCGACAAUUUUACUCAAGACGAAACACAUUUCCUUUGGAUGCGAUCGCGAUGUGAGUCAUUGUGUAAAAGAUGACUUGGUUGAUCUCUUGCCAAAAGAUGCAGAAUGGACGAAAGAUUUCAUCUAUGACGAAGGUGCUGAAUCAAUUUUCCACUUUGACGGAUCUACCGGAGCUGUUAUCCCGAAUUCCGUCGUCAAGGUACAGGAAUUUGCGACAUAUCCCUUCAGUAUCAGCACGAUGUUUAGACAUCAUAGCAGCGCUACCGCCGAUAAACACAUGAAGGAACAUAUUAUUUGCAGUGCAGAUGAUCACAAAAUGAAUCGUCAUCACAUGGCAUUAUUCGUGCGCAACUGUCGUCUCAUCUUGUUGCUCCGCAAGAGUUUCAGCGAAGGCGAUUUGAACAUCUUCAGUCCCGCAGAAUGGCGUUGGAAGAUCCCUCAAGUGUGCGACAACGAAUGGCAUCAUUACACGGUGAACGUGGACUUGCCCAAAGUCGAAUUAUUCAUCGAUGGCGCCAAAUUCGAGGACAACACCGAAGAUCGUCACAGCAAUCCCGAAGUAAUUGACGACUGGCCAUUGCAUGCGGCGCACGGAAUCAACACAACACUUGCCAUCGGUGCGUGUUUCCAAGGCAGCGAAAGUCGUUUGAAGCACGGUUUCACCGGAGACGUCGCCGAAAUCAAACUCGCACUCAAACGCACCUUGACGCCGAAGGAAAUCGCGUGCGGCAACGAUUGCGCCGAACGUUUGUUGCCUCCAGCCGAGCAAUACAUGGAAUCCGACCAACAAAUCCAAUCGAACACGCACAUGAACGAGAUUGUCAUCGAAGGCACGAACAAGAGUAACAUCGAAUUGCUGCUCCAAAAGGUCCAGUAUGUCAAUACGAAGGAAAAUCCCACUGUGGGACGUCGUAAUAUCGAAAUUCUCACAACGGUCAGUUGUCCCAACAAGAAAGCCAUCCGUUUGCCAAGCAUCGAUACAUACAUCAUGGUAACGCAAAACCCAUCGCAAGCAGCACAUCACAAAGCUGCCACCGACAAACCACUCACGGACGAGCAAAAACCCCAAAUUACCAUCUCCGGCAGUCAAAAUCACCUCGUUUCCUAUCCCGACAUCAAGGAAGGCGUCAAAAUCCUCGCCAACAUCAACAUCACCAUCUUCAGUGGCAACCAAAUUAACGCAAAUCUCCAAAAAUUGGAUUCGUGCAACGUCAACGUCUUCCCGAGCUUGAAUCCGGAUCACGAGGAAAUCACGUUGGACAACAACGACAACUUGUCGCCGCAAUUGGACAUCAAGACAAGCAUCGGCAAGGAUGGCGUUGAGCUAAUUGGUUAUGAUUCCAUCGAAAAUUACUUGCGAAUUCUCAAAUCGCUCGUUUAUACCAACAAAAAACCCGCCUACUACUUGAAUCGUGUGUUUAAAUUGUCCUGCUCGCAGAUCGGCAUCAACUUCAGAAGUGCCGAAUACACGUUGACUUUGACCGUUUUGCAUCCCAAACAGCAACCGACAGUCGCAACAAUCCCCGAGAAGGCAGAAACACGUGAACGGGAACAUGACUCAAAUGUGUUUGCACAUGCAAUGAUUCACUCACAUGACAUCCAAGAGCCACAAGCUAAAACACAUAAUAUCGUCAGAACCGCACAAUCUGCUUCCCACUCAACUAUGUUGAUCGUAGUAAUUUGCUCAUCAUUCGUUUUGCUUAUCUGUGGUGUCGGAAUCGCACGAUUACGCAACAAUUCCGUCAAAAAUAUCGAUAAACAUCAACCAUGUCCUAAGAUUGCCGACCAACAACUUGAUUGGGAUGACUCUGAAUUAACAAUUACCAUCAAUCCAAUGCAGCAGGAAAGUCUCUCCGAUGAAAGCUCAGACUCGGAGAACUCUGAUUCGGAUGAUGAAGAAGUAAUGAACGGUCGCUACAAGAACGUCAGUCAACUCGAAUGGGACAACUCAACUCUUUAAGUCUGCUAAAUCAAACAAAAACAUAAAAAAAACGAUGAUUGAAAAUGAUUUUUUUGCAAUUACUUCAUAAUUACAUAACAUAUAAUAUAUAUAAACAACAUAUAUAAAAAAAUACAAAAAAAGGAAACAUUGAAUUGUUUAGUAACUGAUACAGUGGCGAGCCCAGAGCUAAAUUUAAUUUUAAUUUUUCAACGUUUUCUUCAACACACUCAUCUUUCAAAAACAAAAAAAAAUAUAUAUUAAAAAAAAGAUAAUAAAAAAAGGAAAAUGUUUAUAUAUAAUAAGCAGAUUGACAUUAAAAUAAUUAAAAAAGUGUAUAUUAAAUAAUAAGAAAUUCACACUAUAAAAAAAUUUAAAUAUAUAAUCAUUGUCAUAAAUAGAUGUGAGGUGUGCAAAUCUGAAUCAGAUUUUUCGAAUUACGUAAACUAAACACAAGAAGAUUUAAAUAAUAUGUAUUCAUCCCUAAUGAGAACAAAAAAAAAAUUAUAACAACCAACGGUGUUAGGCAAUUUAUGUAUUCUGUCCAUUUUUAACGUUAGUUUUAAUUUUUUUAAACAUAUAUAUUUUAAAUAAUUUUUUAUUAAACGAUUUUAGUUGAAAUUUAAAUCAAAAUGCCAUAAUAUAAAACGAAUUAUGUUAAAAAAAAUAUUAAUUAAUAAUAAAAAAAAAACGCUUUUUUGAUCAAUUUUUUAUACACGAACACGAAAAACUACAAUUACAUGCAUUUAAUUUUUAAUUAUUAUCAUUACUAUUAUUAUUAUAAAUAAUUAAAACAGAGAGAAAGUUAUUAUAUAUAGUUAAUUAAUGAUAUGUAAUAAUUGAUAAAACAAAAGAAAUAUAAAUGAAAAAGACAAGCAAGCUGGUUUAGAAUAAAAGUUUCGAGAAACAAGCAUCAUACAUAUUAUAAAAUAUUAAUAACAAUAAACUUCAAUAAAUUGUGUACUUAAAAAAAAUAUAAUAAUGAGUAAAUUUUUUGAAUACUAACAUAUAUAAAUAUAUAUAUAUAAAUACAUAUAUAUACUAUUUUUAGAAAACAUACCUUUUAAGCAAAAAAACCGCAAAAGUAAUAAGAAUAUAAAAAACUCUUGGUACCGAUUUUGUUAUAAUUGAUUGACAUAUCUAUGCUAUACAUACCAUUAUAUACCAUCUAUAUGUUACAAAAAAAAAACUUUUUAACUCUUAAAAUCAUAAUAUCUAUUUUAUUAUAUAUGAUAAUGAAAAAAAAAAUGAUGUAAAAAAUAUCAUUAAUGUGGUCCUUCAAGUAUUUUUUGCAAUAUAUAUUUUAAUAUUUAAAAAAAAAUCAAAAACUAAGCCUACCUAUAUAUUAAAAUAUAAUUAAAAUCAAAAUUCUGGUGAUUCUAUCGUGUCAUUUUUUAUUUUUAAAUUUUAUUUCAUAUUACUUUUUUUGGGCGCAGGACGCAAGCUUGCAGCAUUUCCAUCUUCUCUAUAUACAUACAAUACUAAACUUUCAUCAACACAUAGGAAAAAAACUAAAAUAUACAUCAUAUAUAUAAUUUUGCCAUGCAGUUUGUACAAAAAAAAAGAACAUAAUGAAAAAAUUGAAACUAUAUAUAGAUGAUAGAAAUUUAUUAUGUGACUCUAAAAUGCUUAUUAUUAUAAUGCUUAUGCAAUAUAUAGAACACACAAGAAUGUUUAAUAUUUAAGGAAAUGAUGCGAUGUUAAAAAAUUAAAUGAAAAAAAAAACACACAAACACACAUAAAAACACUACAUUAUAAGAAAAAGGCAGUUACUUUGAAAACUAUACUAAGCUUCAUACUCAAACAGAUACAAAAAAAAGUUAAUAACGUACAAUUUAUUAUUAUUAAUUAUUACAUUAUAUAUAUGAAAAAAACACAUAACAGCUGAAAAAAAAUUGUUUCCAAAAAAAUCGGGGUUUUUGCUUUAAAAAUAUAUUAGACGAUGAUGAACAAAAAAAAGCUCUUUGAAGAUUUAUAUAGAGAUAGUGAGAAAAAAAGGAUAGAUUUAUAGUUUUCAAAUGCACCUCAUUAAAUGUCCAUCCAUAAAAAGUAAAAUGAAAAUAUUCUCAUAGCUGG